GCUGAUGCGUCCUUGCAUGUGAUGGCACUUUAGUCAAAUCAAUCGACUCACUGCUGCAGCCUCCCAUUAAACUUUCCAUGCUGUUGUCCGUCCAAUGGACAACACUUAGGAGGUUUGUGUGGACCGUAUCCGCUCCUGCUCGCUCUUCCGCUGCGCUCCUCCUCUCCACCGUCGGCUCUCCAGGUUCAUAGGGACUCACGCGGCUCGGGGAGCUGGCCUGGGUCUCCUGCACACAUGGAGGGAGACGUUAUGGACAAAGUGGAGGCCACGGCGACGGUCCGUGACUUCGAUCCCAUCAGUGGGAGCAUCCCGGCCACCAAAGUGGAGAUCACCGUGUCCUGCAGAAAUCUUAUGGACCGAGACACUUUCUCCAAAUCCGACCCAUUGGUGGUGUUGUACACGCAGGGCGUCGAGACCAAACAAUGGAGAGAGUUCGGGAGAACAGAGGUGAUAGACAACACCCUAAACCCAGACUUUGUCAGGAAGUACAUCCUGGAUUACUUCUUUGAGGAGAAGCAGAACCUGCGCUUUGACGUAUAUGAUAUUGAUUCUAAAAGUCCAGAUCUGGCAAAGCAUCCCACCGACAUUAACGACUUCCUGGGACAGGUCCACUGUACAUUGGGAGAGAUCGUGGGCUCACCUGCCAGUCGCCUGGAGAAACCUCUCGGUGGCAUACCUGGGAAGAAAUGUGGGACCAUUAUCUUGUCUGCCGAGGAGCUGGGGAACUGCAGAGAUUACGCUACCAUGCAAUUUUGUGCCAACAAACUAGAUAAAAAGGACUUCUUUGGAAAGUCAGACCCCUUCAUGGUCUUCUAUAGAAGCAACGAGGAUGGCACUUUCACCAUCUGCCACAAGACUGAAGUGGUCAAGAACACGCUGAACCCUGUGUGGCAGUCCUUCUCCAUCCCUGUCAGAGCGCUCUGCAACGGAGACUACGAGAGGACAAUCAAAGUGGAGGUGUAUGACUGGGACAGAGACGGGAGCCACGAUUUCAUUGGCGAAUUCAGCACCAGCUACAAAGCGCUGUGUCGAGGUCAAAACCAGUUAAACGUCCACGAGGUGGUGAAUGCCAAGAAGAAAAUAAAGAAAAAGCGAUACAUCAACUCUGGGACGGUGUCCUUGUUGUCAUUCAAUGUGGAGUCAGAGCACACCUUCCUGGAUUACAUUAAAGGAGGGACUCAGAUUCACUUCACAGUGGCCAUUGAUUUCACUGCAUCAAACGGAAAUCCGUCCCAGUCCACUUCACUGCAUUACAUGAACCCGUACCAGAUGAAUGCCUAUGCCAUGGCUCUGAAAGCCGUGGGAGAGAUCAUCCAGGACUAUGACAGUGAUAAAAUGUUCCCCGCUCUGGGAUUCGGUGCUAAGCUGCCGCCUGAUGGAAGGGUCUCCCAUGAGUUCCCUCUGAAUGGCAACACUGAGAACCCGUACUGUAACGGCAUGGGGGGAAUUCUCGAAGCUUACCAUCAAAGCCUUAAGACGGUUCAGCUGUAUGGACCCACCAACUUUGCUCCUGUCGUGAAUCAUGUGGCAAGUUAUGCAGAAGCUGUGCAGGACGGGUCCCAGUACUUUGUUCUGCUCAUCAUCACUGAUGGCGUCAUAUCAGACAUGGCUCAGACCAAGGAGGCUAUAGUGAACGCAGCUAAACUCCCCAUGUCAAUCAUCAUUGUUGGAGUCGGCCAAGCUGAGUUCGAUGCCAUGGUUGAGCUGGAUGGUGAUGACAUCAGGAUUUCUUCGCGGGGGAAGUUGGCAGAGAGAGACAUUGUUCAGUUUGUCCCGUUCAGAGAUUACAUGGACCGCACAGGCAACCACGUGCUGAGCAUGGCGCGGCUGGCUAAAGACGUACUGGCCGAGAUCCCUGACCAGCUGAUUUCUCACAUGAAGAGCAGAGCCAUUAAACCGAACCCCGUCCCACCGGCUUACUCGCCCGGCGACCAAGCCCAGACCAACCCCGUCUGAGCCCAACACACAGCUCCGCGUUGUGGUGGGGCAGGGGCGAGGUCGCCGGGAACCUACCUUCACAACCGUCCUUUGGGAAGAUGGAAACUCUUAAAGGCCCUUUCAUAAAUUUUAAUUUGGCUAAACAAAAUGAUGGUGAGACUCCAUUUUGUUUUGGAGAAAUACAAACCACUUUGGGUGAAUCUGCUGAUGACCAGGGAGAGUUUCUCUCCGUGUGCUUGAGGGUGAGAGCGCUGAGAGGAGUCCGGUGUAGAAGGAGGUUUUAGUUAUUCGCUGUGAAACCUGUCAAAAUGGUGAUGUAAUGGAUAGCAAGUAAACCCGUAGAGAGAGAGCCUGUUUGAAGGCGUACAUAUAUUAGAAUGUGUCAGUGUGUAUCAUGUGUGUGAUACCUUUUGGAAUCGGUGUGUGUUAAACUAGGAUUUGAUAUGUAUACUAAUUUAUUUUAUUUAUUGCAGAAGUCAUUUAUUCCUUUGAGGGGGUUUUAAAGGGUGAGGAUUAAAGUAAUAUUUUCCCUGUAGUUUUCCAUCUUAUAUUUUGUGACCAGUGUAAUAAAAAUAAUCCCCAUUUCUACUUUGAUAAGGACUGUAAUAUAAAAGCAUGUGAUAAAACCUAUUCAGCAGUUUAUGAAUCGUCGUCACUGAUGGAUAACUUUUGAUUGGAAGCAGUUACGUAGAGGACCUGCUGUUGCCAUACUGAUUUUCCAGCACCAUGUCUUAUACGUAUUUCUAAUAUUUAUAUUAACAGAAUGCACUAAUUUCUGUCCAAAUAAUAAGCACAAACGUUAUUACGUUAAUAAGGUCAAAACCAUUAUUUUGAAGGAAUCAACAGCUAUGAUAAUGAAGAUAAGGGAAAGGACCCCGCAUUAUGUUUUAACACAUCAUACAUCGUUUCAAACCGGAUGAAACAGGAAGAAUGUUUAUAAGGAAAUUACUAUACUGAUAUAAUAAAAUGUACUUAUAUUUAUCAUAAAAACAGUAUGUUUACAGAAAAAAGAUGAAUAAUUCAAUGCACAUACUUGCUUUCUAUGUUUGUAUGCAAAAAGGUUCCAUUAUAAGUCAUGCUGCCAUAUCUCAUUCGUCAUCUCGCUGUUUGUGUUUCUUUCCAUUACGUUUGUUGUGGUUGCAGUUUAUUGUCUGGGAUUUUGGGCUGUACUUUUAAAGGACCCUACAAAUACAAAACUAAUGCAUAUUGUUUUCCUCGUUAAUUUGAUUUGUUUCCCUGCAAUGAAAACUGAACAAUCACACAUCUUGCAAUGAGAUAUUUGGGAGCGGAAUGUUUUUUACAGAAAAUAAUCACGAGUCCAUCUUUUCUGAUUCAUUCAAUGUCUUAUGAAUGCGUUGUUUUUACUUUGAAAAUGAAUUUAGUUUUCUCAGAUAACAUUGUUUUACACUAAUGCAGCCCAUUUUCUAACAAAGCAUUAAGAUAUAAUUUUAAUACCUAAGAUACAAUUUAGUUUUACAAUUGAAUUCAAGUCAGUUCACAUUUGUUCUCUGAAUUUCUCUUUAGUGACUGUAUACACAUUUUUAAAGAGAGUUACAGCCAUUGUGCCCCAGUUGCGUACAUCCUAUCUAUUUAUUAUGGCCAUUUAUUCCAUUAGUAUCUCUCAGUCACUCAACAUCUCUAUCCAAAUGUGCCUAUUAUAUGGAAACAUAUCCAAAUUCAGUUACCCAGGUGUUAUUCUGCCAGCAGCAGACGGUCUCAUGUUGAAGAUGUACACACGGAAAAUGUUGUUGAUGAUAAAACUGUUAAAAGAUUAGGACUAUUACAGACUAUUACACGCUGUCUCAACCAGUGUCCUGUACUUUUUAUACUUACAACUCUUCGCUAAUGAUCUUUGAAAUAAUGAGAGAAUAAUGUACUGAGCCUUGUUGUACAACAUUCAAAGUCAAGCCUUGUUUACAACUCAACUGUGGCUGUUAACAUUGUCUCAAGAAAAGAGUAAACAUUCAUGAAUUUCAUUUUGAAGUGAGUUUAUUGUUGAGUUUUGCAUUAUUCAGUCUUGUUUUGUACUUUAAGAGAGUUUCAUUGAACAACACUGGAGAACUAACGUUUACAAAGAGUUGUCGUGUUGUUUUCUGAGAAUGUGAAGCUCAGAUUUCUCACAGUUGUUAUAUUUUGUUUUGUGAGAGCAAAUGUAUUUAUGUAAUUCCUGUCGCUUUAUGAUCUUUGUUAGUUGCAUAAUGUACUCCCAUUGCUUUAGUGCUCUCAGAGAGAAGAUAUAGUAUGAUACUGCAUAAACUCCAGAGGCAUUGAACUCCUUCUAUCACAGGCCCAGAUCCAUAUUUAACUUUUUCUUUCUUGCUUCAUUUUUCAUUAGUGACGACAUUUGUCCCUCAGAAGACAAAGCAACGUUUCAUCUGCUGCCAAAUUCACUUGUUCAUCAGAAAUUAAAUGAGGCCAUUAAGUUUAAUCACAGCAAACACAUAAAUACCAGAAUACCUCUACAGAAAGCCAUUCAAGCCAAAAGGAACUCAUGAAUAUACAUUGAAUACAUUUGUUGAGAAAUAUAUUUAAAGAAGUAUUAUGAAUUACUGACAUAUAUAACCUCUUCAAAUUCUGCUUCUCACCGUGAUACAUUUUCUUUCUCACAUUUUCCUUUUAAAACAAUCAUAGAUGAAUAAUCACUCACAGAAACUGAGUUAGGAAUAGUACGUCACUUUGCACUCAUUAAGUCCGCAUCAGCAUGCAGCUCAUAUACAGUGUGAUAACACAUUUCUGUUAGAAUAGAUUAAAUGAUAUCGUGGAGUUGGGGCCGUAUAUUGUGGGCACUUUUCAGACACAUUUCAUGUAAUUAAUACUGAACGAGAUGGCUUUUUUUGCCCCCGUCCUACUAACAUUGUAUUUUUCUUUUAAAAAACAACUUCCCUCGGUAGUAAAUAAAUAAUCAAUACAUAUGAAAUGAGCACAGUGAUGACACUUAUGCAAUCGUAAAGUUAUUAUGAAAUAUAUUUUUCAGUCUAAAAGAUGUCUUUCCAACAAUACAAUAAAUUAUUUUCUCUCUGUGGAAAUGGCCUUGAUUAUCUCUUCAUUUAGAAUUUUCUUUGAGGCUGAACUCUAAUUAUGUACAUAAGCCCCAUAUAAAGAAUAUUCAGUGCCAACAUGCUUGGCCUCUUUAGACAAUGUGCAUGUUUGUGCCACGAUGGCAGGAGGUUUGGUAGUCUACCUUUAUUCCACCUAAUUAGUGCAUCUGCCAUGUGCUUUGUUUGUUACUUGGGAUGUUGUUUAGAGAUAACAGACACCUCCAGCAUGUUGCAUCUCUGCUUUCUUUUCAUUCUGUUCCUAUGAGACACAUUCUGUAUGGGUGCUUCUUGCCACUACUCCUGUUUUAUCCCAGGUUGUUUACAUACCUCUCUUGGUCUCUGACUUGCAUGCUGAAUAAUUUCCAAACCAGGUGUUGGACAUGAUAUUGUCGUCAUACUGUGGUUUGUGAAAUGCUUUGUAAUGGAUUGCCUUAACUGAAGAUUAAUAAACUAUUGACAACUUUGGCAGAA